AUUCCUUCCUGUCUGAGCGGAAGUUGUCUGUGACGACCUUGGGUCGCUCUCACAAGCAUGGCGAAUAAAGAGCCUAGCAAGUUUGUGCAGCACCUGAGAGAUCUGGCUGGACGCAUGUCCUCUGGCUCAAAGGGUGCUGGACUUGGACUGAAAUUAUUAAUUGGAGCAGGUGCACUUGCUUAUGGCGUCAAAGAGGCCACAUACACAGUGGAGGGUGGUCAGCGAGCAAUCGUCUUUAACAGAAUUGGAGGAAUGCAGAUGGAUACUGUCCUCUCUGAAGGUCUACACUUCAGAAUACCAUGGUUUCAGUAUCCAAUCAUUUAUGAUAUCAGAGCCAGACCAAGAAAAAUAGCAUCUUUAACAGGAAGUAAAGACCUGCAGAUGGUGAACAUUGCUUUGCGUGUGCUAUCGCGACCUGUUGCCUCCAACCUUCCCGUCAUGUACCAGCAGCUGGGGAAGGACUAUGAUGAACGUGUGCUGCCGUCUAUUGUAAAUGAGGUUUUGAAAAGUGUGGUGGCCAAGUUUAAUGCUUCCCAACUAAUUACACAAAGAGCCCAGGUGUCUCUGCUGAUCAGGCGGGAGCUAUUUGAACGCGCUAAGGACUUUAACAUAAUUCUCGAUGAUGUGGCGAUCACAGAGUUGAGCUUCAGCAAGGAGUAUACAGCAGCUGUGGAAGCCAAACAAGUUGCCCAGCAGGAGGCACAACGAGCUCAGUUCUUUGUUGAGAAAGCAAAACAAGAACAGAAGCAGAAGAUCAUCCAAGCUGAAGGAGAGGCCCAGGCUGCCAAAAUGUUAGGUGAAGCCGUCACAAAAAACCCUGGAUAUCUUAAACUCAGAAGAAUCAGAGCAGCGCAGAGCAUUGCCAAAACGGUGGCAGCUUCACAGAAUAAGGUGUAUCUGAGCGCGGAUAGUUUGGUUCUGAAUCUACAGGAUGAAUCUUUUAACAAUUUGUCUCUUGGAAAGAAGUAAUGUUUUCAUGGAUGCAAUUUCAUUCCAAGUGUUGUACUACCAGAUGGCUUUUUCUGAUUGGGUCACAAAUGGCCAUGUCAUCCAGGGAAGAUUUAUUUAAUAUCUGAUGAUGGUUUAGUUCUGGUUUGUCUGACAGACUUUACUUGACAAUUUGCUGAUUAUGAAGACACUGCAGUUUUGCUAAUUUUCAGCAUGAUGAAUGAUGGCAACAACAUACUUGAAUAAUUUUCAUACUUUUGAUUGUUUUUAUUGGUGAAACAGGAGACGUGUCGGUAAAUAAUACAUCAGAUGAGCUCAAGAGUGCUUAAUCCAUUGUUUCAGGAUGUCUUGUCUGAAAUGAAAUGGCCUAUUCAAUUGUAUGUGACACAAAAUGACUGUGUAAUAAAAACAUUUAUUAAAUGAAA